AUGACUAAUGAAUUAGAAAAAAGCUCAAAUGAAAAUAUCAUCGAAGUAAUAUCUAUUGAUGCUGAAUCAGGAACUCAAGAAAAUUUUGAAAAAAAAAGUAGCAAUGAUGGAAUAAUUAAUGAAGAGAAUAUAUUCUCUGAUAUUUCAGAAAGAACCGAAAAUUCGUAUGUACAAAUAGACCAUGAAAAUAAAAUACUAAAGGAGUUUUAUGAUUUAACAGAAGGUAAAAAUAACAAUGAUGAAAUUAUAAGCAUAAAUUCAAAUUCGAUAAGUAUCGGUAAGGGAAUAAAUAUAAAUUCUGCAGAAGAAAAUGGGAAAAAUGAGGAAAAAAGAAAUAUAUUUGAGGAAAAAGAAAAAAAAAAGGAAAAAAAAAAAUGCAUAGAGGAAAAAGAAAAAAAAAUAGAAAAAAAAAGUUUUUCAGGAGAAAAAGAAGAGCAAUAUGUUAAUUUAGAAAUUGAAACAUAUUAUAAUAAUGAUAAUAAUAAUAAUUGUAAUAACAUAUAUAAUAAUAUAAAUAAUAGGAAUAAUGUAAAUAAUGAAAUGAAUGAUAAUAGACAUAAUAUGAAUAAUGGAAUGAAUAACAGUAGUAAUAAUGGUAAUAAUAAUAGUGUUGUAAAUAACAACAAUGAAAAAGAAACAGUUAUAUCUAUUUUAUGCCAUAUAUGUUCAGAUGUAAUGGAAAAAUCAAUUUUUAAAGAUCAUUUAUUUGCACAUACAAUAGAUGCUAUACAAAAUAAUCAAAGAAAUUAUGGAUGUGAAAGGAGAAUUAACCUAAAUGAUGAUGUUUAUGAAAUAAGAAAUAAAGAUUGCUAUAAUGACUUGAGUAGAUGUACAAAAAGGCAAAGUAGAACUAGUGCACAAAAUUGUGCAUUCAAUAGUACAAAUUGUUCAUUUAAUGAUUUUGAUAAAAUGUUUGAUAAUAAUAAUAUUGAACAAGCAAAUUUUUUUAAUAUGAUUUACAAUUAUAAUUCUAACCUUGAUGAUUUUAAGAAUAACUCGUCAAAUAUUAAUAAAAGAAAUAAUAAUGCCACAAUAAAUAAUGCUAAAUGUACCAUUGAUCAUAAUAAUAAUAAUAAUAAUAAAGAUAAUUUAAUAAACAAUUUAUAUAACAAUACAAAUGCAAAUGAUAUAAUUGAAAUUACAAGUUCAACAGAAAAUGAAGUAAAUGAUAUAUUAUCAACUAGUAUUAAUAUUGAGGAUAGAAGUAGAGUUGUAACAAAAAGUAAAGAAAAUACGAGCAGUAAAUUAGGGGAUAAUAAUAAUAAUAAUAAUAAUAAUAAUAAUAAUUAUAGUGGUUUGUCUGCAUUAACAGAUUCAAUUUCUUCUAUUUUUAAUAAUCCAGAUACAUCAUCAUCAAUUAGAAGUAAUUCGGUCAUUAGUAAUAAUACAUAUAAUGAUAUAAACGAACAGAGUUCAAGUAGUAUUGUUAACAAUAUACAUUCCAUGAUGAAUAGCAUCCAGACUAGUAUAAAUAGAGUUAGAGAAAAAUCUAAGAGUAAUAUAAAUAAUUUAAAUAGAGAUAUAAACAAUGAUGUAAAUAGAAGUGUAAAUAGUGUAAGAAGAGAUGUAAAUAAUUCAGCAAGUAGAAUAACAAAUAACGAGAAUUUUAAUAGUUCUGAUAAUAUAUUAAAUAGGAAAUUAAACAGAAUAUACAAAAAUUUGCAUAAUAUACAUAGAAACAUUAAUGAUGUAUUAGACGAUAAUUUAAAUUAUUUAAGAAAUAAUAAUAUUAAUAAUUAUAAUAAUAAUAAUAAUGAUAUUACUAAUCAUAUUGUCAAUAAUAAUAGUAAUACUAAUAAUAAUAUUAACAAUAAUAAUGUAAAUACUACAAUAAGAACAAAGGUUACCAGCACAAGGCAUAAUAAUUGUUCUAAUUUAAAUGAUUCAUUAAAUAAUGUAACUAGAACAAGAACACAACAAUAUAAUAGAAACUUCGGUACAACAUUUGAUAAUCAAAAUAGAUUUUCUCUGGAAAAUUUUUCCACAGGUUCUCUUGGAUCAUCACCAAGUUAUAGCUCAUAUUCUUCUAAAAAAUCUUGUCAGCAAAAUUCACAUAACAAAGCAUCAAGCAUAAAUGACCUAAAUUAUUUGUACUCUAAUUUAGUUCAGAGAUAUCCAUCUAUUUGUGAAAGUUCCUCAUUUUCUCAUUUUGACAAUAAUCCUAAUAAUAUAUGGCCUUUAAGAAAGGUAACAAAUAUCAAUAGAAGCGCAAACAAUGGUGAUUCAACAAAUCACGUACAAAAUACAGAAGUAAAUAAUUUAAGCUUUAAUACUAAUAACUUUAGUUAUCGUAGUUCUAACAAUAAUAAUUAUACAAGUAUAUCAUCUAGAAAUAAUUUAACAAAUUUGAAUAAUAAUGAAGAUAGGACCAUUAGACAUAAUAUAAUAAAUAACGCCGUAACUAUAGAUAUUACCGAUCCUUAUGUAGAUGAUUCCUUGUUUUUAAUCACUAAUGGAAAUAAUAGUAACACUAGUAGAAAUAAUAAUAUUAUGAAUACUAAUAGAAAUAAUAAUAUUAUUACUAAUAAUAGAAACAGCAAUAAUAAUACUACUACCACAACUACCACCACAAUUAAUAGAAACAAUAACACUACUACUACUACUAUUAAUAGAAAUAAUAAUACUACAACCACUACUACAUUUAAUAGAAAUAAUAAUAACCCUAUUGUUUCUGCGAAUCCUACAAAUAGCAGUUCAUUUAAUUGUAAUAUUAUUAAUAACAAUACAAUAAGAAUAUCUGUGAAUAGUUCAGGAAGAAAUUUAACUAGUCAACAAAUUUCAGCAAGAAGUAAUGAAGGAUCGAGUGGGAAUAUAAAUUCAAACACAAGACAAAACAUUUAUGUUUCCAGUCAGAGUGAAUAUGAAGAAACAAAUAGCAUCUCAAGUACUUGUCCAGUAUUAAAAGAAAAAAAUGAUUUUCUAAUUGUUUAUUUUGAUAUACACAAAAAUGAACAUAAUAAUUUAAAACUUUGUUCUAUAUGCUAUGAAAAUUAUGAACAUAAAGAAGCUCUUAUUUUUUUACCUUGCACACAUAAUUUUCACAAAGCGUGUAUAAUUAAGUGGAUUACUAAAAAAGCAACAUGUCCUAUUUGUAAAAUAGACAUUAAACAUUAUUAA